CUCCCACGGCCGGGCUCCAGGUGAGGGCAGAGAAGUCUGGCAUGCGGGGUGCCAUGGAAGCCUGAGGUGCAGUCUUUGGAAGUGGAUCCCAGAACCUGGUUCAGUGGGGUGGGGAGGGGUCACAGAGUUGUUUCAUAUAGGUGGGUUUUUUUUUUCUCCCUGCGUGUUGGCGACUUGUGUAUGCAUCACCUCCGGCUUACUCGCGAUAAGUGCAAGUACAUGCAUGUCAUGUUACGGAGUGUAUACGGCCGAUGGCAGUAGCACUGUGGGCACUGUGUGCAGAGAGGAUGGGUCAGCGGGCAUCGCUGGUGGCAUUAGCCAUCUCAGCGCUGGCCAAGGCUUCAGAAGAAGAAUCCCCAAGGCCAGCGUUUGAGUUGGGCCUCCAUAAUGCUGGGAGCUGCUCCCUGUCUUCUGGGAGAGAUCUCCAUGGAGACCGCCCCACCCACAGAAGUGGAAUUGUGAGGAGGCAGCAUUGUCUUCUGGGAGAGAUCUCCAUGGAGACUGCCCGACCCACAGAGGUGGUAUCUGCAGGAGGCUGCAGUACUGGAGCCACCUCUUGGCUUUCGGUUGCUGGCACCGUUGCCCACUCCCCUAGCGGGCACGGUCACUCUACUCUUCUUCCUAACCUCGCGCUCCCUGUUGUACCUGUGCCCCCCAGUUUGGGCAGUGCUGUUAGACAUUGGGCUGGGCCGGGGCCAGGUGGGGCUCUGCGGCCUUUGCCUCUGCCUCUCCUGCCCUUCUUACCCGCCCCAGAGCUGGAAGCGGGGCAGCCUCUGCCAUGGCCUCCGGAUCCCCACACAUAGGGGGCAGCGGAAAGAUCCGGACGCGGUGUUGCCACCCCGGUCCCGUGACGCCUUACUCGCAGGGGCGACGGCGCCAGCUGGGUGUUCUUAGCAGCGUUACAGAAUGUCUUCAGAAUAACGUGCCAGCAUGGCUACAGAGAUAUUUCAACAAGAACAAAGAUGUAUGCAGCCGCACAACAGAUGCCAAGGAGACACCAUGUUCACGAGAAAUUAGGGAAGGUGACCAAGUAAAGUGUGCCAGUGAGGAGAGCUCUAAUAUUAAUGAUGGGAGGAUCACCAGUGAGCCAACAGUCGGUAAGACAGAAGACGCCUCAACAACCAGCCCUGCUUCAAAUUAUGCAGGCGAAUUAGACAGGCCUUCUCUUCGUCGGAGCCACUUGAAUUUCUCUGUGUUGGUACCUCCUCCUUUGUCCUUUCAGCUGUCCACAUCAUCAGCAUUCCCAAUUGGCAGUUCCCUUAGAAAGGAAAUUAUAGACUCUACCUCUCAGCAUGGUGAUGAUAACAUGUCAACUAGCCAUCCUUGUCAUUUUUCAACAAGAGGUUCCAAUAAAGCUAUGGCUGCUUCAAAGAAGCCUUCAGUGCCACCUCUGUGGUCCCCAGAGGCUGAACAGUCUCAUUCACUCUCACAGCACACUGCCACCAGGUCAAGAAAACCAGCAUUCAGCUUGUCUGCAUUUGGGACACUUUCCCCUUCAUUUGAGAAAUCUUUGAUCUUUAAAACAAGUAGGCAUGGAGAUCCUCCUUGUUAUCUUGGAGGAACAACAUAUGGUGGGGCAGCAGCUGCUGUAAGACAUUCUAAACUAGGAAGGACCCCUUAUCAGGCACCAGUAAGAAGACAGAUGAAAGCUAAGCAGCUCAAUGCACAGUCCUAUGGUGUGACUAGUUUAGAAGCUCGGCGAAUAUUACAGUCUGUAGAGAAGAUAUCAGGACCGCUAGCAGAUGUUUCUUCCAUGCAUUCUCCUCUUGAUAGGAGUUGGAUAGAUAGCACAGAUUUUGGGGCCAAAAGGGAUAAGGUGGAUUCUCAGUAUCCUGUUCAAAAAUUCAGGUCCCCAAAGCCAGUUUCCAGAGCAACGUAUCAAAGUCUUUAUUUUAAACCAUCUCUGACCCCAUCUCAUGAAUUGAGGAAGGCUAAUCAAAGAAUAGUUAAAAACCACAGUACUCAUGAAAACAGUAUGACACCAGGACAAAAUAGAGAACAAGAAAGUGGCUUUCCAUAUAGAAAUCUGCAAGUUCCUGCACCCAAUGGAUUAUCUUCUGGAGUAGGUAGUAGAGGUGGCAAAAUUAGACAGGAGAGAACACGCUUACUUGCAUCUAAACCACCAGUGAAGGAAAUGGAAGUACGAGGAAUAUCAAAACUCUCUCUACCGAUCACCAGUUCUUCACUGCCUGCAUUCAGUAUUCAUUGUCCUUUGAUGACAACUUCCUCUCCAGCUCCCAUGAGUCCUUCACAAUCAGUAACAGAUAAGGUACAAAUGAUUUCUCCGAGCAGCAGUGGCAGUGCCGUGUUUAGAUUUUCUUCUCCCACUGUAAAAUCUACUGUGGCAGAUGUACUACCUUCUUCAUCUACUGAAUUUACAAUUAGUAUGCCUGUUGCAAAAACAGAACUUCCAGACACCAGUAUUACUUCAGAACCUAUUAUAAGUACUUCAGCUCAAGAUAUCACUGAAGCAAAUAGUAUAAGCCAUAAGAGGAAGCUAGAUGAAGAGUAUUAUAAGGGCCCUUCUAGACCUGUAAAAACCUGGAAAGAAGGAAGAGUCCUAGAUGUGAAAAACCCUGGUUUCAUAUCACCAAAGGUAGAUGCUUUUGCUGCUCAGCCUACCAUGACAAGCCCAGCAGCUUAUACAAAACCAGGCGUAUGUAGGUUUUCCUCUAGUGGAACUGGACUUGGGGAAAGUUUAAAAGCUAGAUCAUCAUGGCGCUGUGAUACAUGUCUACUCGUGAACAAAGUUACUGACAAGUGCAAAUCCUGUCAAGCCGCCAAGUUGCCACCUAGAGAUACCGCUGAACAGACAGCCAUUGGGACACGAAGAAAAAGUGGCAAACCAACCAUUUCUGCAUCAGGGGCAGGCUUUGGGGACAAACUUAAAGUGAAAUUACAAACUUGGGUUUGUGAUACGUGUUUAGUGCAAAAUACACCUGAAGCAAGAAAAUGUAUAGCUUGUGAAACAUUCAAACCUGGAACUGGUGUCAGCCGGUUCCUUCCACUGCUAGUGGCUUCAGAAAGUGCCGUGAGUAUGACUGCUUCAUCUCCUAGCUGCACUGUGACCACUGGUGCCUUAGGAAUUGGAGAUGAGUUCAGAAUGCCAGUAGGAUCUUGGGAGUGUCGAAUAUGCUGUGUUUGUAAUAAUGCAGAGGACAAUAGAUGCAUGUCCUGUAUGUCCAAGAAAACAGAGCGCUCAGUACCUGCUUCAAGUAGCAGCAGUGUAUCUGUUGGUCUUUGUUCUGGGGGCGGCGUAGGGUUGGAGAAGUUGAGGAAUCGUAAGGGAAACGGGGACUGUGAAGUAUGCCUAGUGCAGAAUAGAGCAGAUUCUGCCAAGUGUGCAGCAUGCAAAAGUGCCAAGCCAGACACAACAGGCACGAAAUCUGAGUUUAAAGGUGUUAGCAAAUGUUCAUCAUCUUCAAACCCAGCCCCCUCAUGUUUCAAAUUGGGAAACUCAUCACCGUCUUCUGGGCCUUCUCUGAUUUCAACAAGUACUGGAAACUUUCAAUUUGGAGAUCAGAGAGGCUUCAAAACUAGUGUGUCUUCAGAUUCUGGAUCCAAAGAUGCAGUGAACAGAGGCUUUCAAUUUGACAAAUCCACCAAGAAACCUCGUCAAGUUCCCUCUGAAGUUGUUAUCUUUGGCACAAGUGCUAUUAACCAUGAUCCAGCUGCUGCUAAUACUGCAGUGACCUCUCAGAGCAAGAGAAGCUUCAGUUUUAGAACCGUAGAAGCCAAAAGUGUUUCAUUGGCUCCAGACGCGUGUCAGACAUCAGAUGUAGAAAUGGAGGAAUCGUGUCAGACAUCAGACGUAGAAAUGGAGGAAUCAUGUCAGACAUCAGACGUAGAAAUGGAGGAAUUGCCUCCAGUCAAAGGAAGGUUUGCUUCUGGCAAUAUGGCAUCUGCCUCUGUGCCACCUGCCUCAGCGUUCACUUUGGGAGGGACAGGGGAGAAACAGCAACAGCGUGUCACUUCUGCUACUCCUGCGUAUGGGAUGAAAACUGAUAAAGAAGAGAGAAAGCAGAAGCGACGGUUUCCCUUUGGCAGUUCAACGCCCAGCAAAGAUGGCAGUUGUUCACAGUUGGCAUUUGGUUCCAAUACGAUAAAACGAUCUGAGAAGGCAUCUGAACACUCAAGGAGGGCCGCUUUUGCUUUUGGAGCUCGAACCAAUACUGCAGCUGAUCAAGGAAUAGCAAAGCCAGUUUUCAGUUCCUUGAACAACAGUUUCUGUGGUUCAAGGACAUCAGCCACUUCAGCAGGUAGUGGCAUAUUUGCUAAUUCCACCCCUUCCUCCAACCUACCUGUGGCCAGCAAUCACAUUAGCAGUUCUGCCCUUGGUAACUUUGCUGGACCCAGCACAUCUCAGUCUUUGCUACUUUCUCAGCAAAAUAGCACUGUUACAGCUGUCACCCCAUUUGGCUUAGGUCCAGGAGUCAUGAGUAAUAAUACUUCAACCUCUGCUUUCAUCUCUGGAGCUACAACAUCAUCUAGCUCUGCAGGCUCCUACUUUGUACUUGGCACUGGACCUUCAACACCAUCUGCCGGUCCAGCAUUUGGUGCUAACCAGACCCCAACACUUGGACAAAUCCAUGGUACCAGCCAGCAUCAUUCCCCAGGCUUUGGAUCCACAGCCUCUUCCACGGCAGUAUUCGCAACUGGUUCCCAGCCUGCACCACCACCUACUUCUGGCAUGGCGUCAAGCAGAAACCAGACUCCUGUGUUUGGACAGCAGCCUAGUCAGCGUGCAUUUGGCUCUAGAACAACUCUGGAGUCAGGACAAAAGACUGCUGUUAAACGCAAGAAAUAACGUUCACAAUGGUGAUAUGCACUACAGUUUUAUUCAUAAUGAAAACACGGACAUACCAUACAAUUACUAAAUGGAGAAGUUGAUAGAUCUGAAAGGCCCUUAGGAUGGACAUCUUUAAUCAGUCUUCCUCCAUCAGAAAACUGUAGUGCACAGUACACCUAACUCACUCACUUCACACAAACACAGCAGAAACAGCAUUGAAUUCAUUUCAACAUCCCCUAAUCUAUACUGAUGACUGAAGCUUCAAAAAAAUCACCGAUGAUCCAGGAAAUCACUCAUUAAUCUAGUCUCUUCUGGUUGUCCCCAGAAGACUGCCCAGUUCCAACUGGCUGUUCAUGGAACCUCUUCAUCUGCACCACUCAUGUGCAUCGAUGUGCAUUUGUGGAAUGCUGUGAAACUGUAAUUAUAUCUGAGGAAUUUAUUUAUUUAUUUAUUUUACUUUUCUUCUGACGUGUUGAUUUUUA